UUUGACAGAUCGAAUCGGUCGAAAAACGACACGUCAAAUUAUCAAAACAAGUCAAGUUCACUUAGAAAUGUUGAUAAAACUGAAUGGAAAACCAUAAUUUUUUAAUCUGAUUUGAUUAAAAACAAUGGCAAAUCUUCAAGAAGUUCCUACGGAGGAACUGCUUUCAUUUCAGGACUACCCUGUCGUACAUCAAAACGCUACUGUUGAAAAUAAUUCGGAUCAAGCACAAAUUAAUGUUACAAUCAGUAAUGAUGAUUUUCGAAUAAAUAACGUCGAAGAUCCUUUAGAAAGAGAAUCGGAAGCUUCUCAAAAUAAAUUAUACUCAAUAUGGUCGAUUGAAUAUUAUCAGAAGUUUUUCAACGUUGACACCAAAGAUGUUACAGACAGAUUGAUAGCUUCAAUUACGCCUCUACCAAAUUAUUCGUUAAGACAUCAUAUGUUGGAAAAACCGGACUUAUAUGGACCUUUUUGGAUAUCUAUGACGUUAAUUUUUACCAUAGCAAUUAGUGGAAAUAUAUCAAAUUAUCUACAGCAUGAUGAGAACCGUCAUUGGAGAUAUGAUUUUAAACUAGUUUCUUACGCCGCAACUGUAAUAUGGAUAUAUGUGAUGCUAAUCCCAAUAUCUUUGUGGGCUUUUCUUAAAUGGACAGUUGAAAGUCCUUUUAAUGAUGAGGUAUCAUCCAAAACUCCCAGUUUAUUACAACUUAUUUGUAUUUACGGGUAUUCUUUGUUUAUAUACAUUCCAGUAUCAAUACUAUGGUCUAUACAAAUAUUGUACCUUCAAUGGUUACUAGGUCUAUCCUCAGCGGCUUUGUCUGGAUCUGUAUUAAUGUUAACAUUAUUGCCAUCUCUUAGGGCGUCUAAACAUAAUUUAUUUCUAAUACUUAGUGUGAUAUCUUGCCACUUAUUAUUAGCUACCGGGUUGAUGUUGUACUUUUUCCAAGCACAUGAAAAUAAAGUAGUUCAACAAAAUAUAACCCAAAAUGUAACUGCAGUUGUUUCUGAAGUUGUAACUGAAAUUAUCAAGAAAACACAAACAGUAAAAGGAAACCGAUAAUAAAAAAUAUAUUUAUAAUAGAAUAAAAGUGUUAUAUGUAAAAACUUAAGGUAUUUGAAAUAUAUAUGUCCUAACUA